CAUAUUUGAGAUAUGCCGCAUGUUUCAAAAACGUUUCAUUGAAUGAACAGAAAUGUGCCGAUAAAUACCGAACACUAGCCGAACUAUUCCGUAAAGAAAACGAAGGAGACGACGACGUAAACAAAGGUCUUCGAAAAUGGUGUUGCUCCUACAGUAGCUUCGUCCACUGCCAGAACAACCACGUGGCCCAGUACUGUGGGAAGCAGGCUGGAAUAUUUCUUCGAAGCUACAUGGAUCGAAUGACUGGUCCGUUGAUUCACGAACACUGCCCCCUCUAUACGUACGGUUUGGAAGCUUGUACCACCAAUAUCGCUGCAC